AUGCGCCUCACCGCGUCGAGUUUCAGUGAAGAGGCUCAGCCGAUCACAAACCCGAAGGCCCCCGCAGGAUCCAAGGAGGCCGUAAAGAGCUUCAACUAUGACUACUCCUACUGGUCACACUCUCACGACACGGAGGACGCGCCGCCGUUCGCAGAGCAGGCGCACGUGUACAGCGACAUCGGCGAGGAGAUGCUCCAGCACGCCUUCGAGGGCUACAACGUAUGCAUCUUCGCAUACGGCCAGACUGGGUCCGGCAAGUCCUAUACGAUGAUGGGCAAGAUGGAGGAAGGCCAGGAAGGUAUCAUUCCUCUCGUCUGUGAGGAAAUGUUCAACAAAAUCAGCGCCAACGUCGAUGAUGAACUCCAGUAUUCCGUUGAGGUGAGCUACAUGGAGAUCUACUGCGAGCGCGUGCGGGAUCUCCUGAACCCGAAGAACAAGAGCCACUUGAGGGUGCGAGAACAUCCGCUGCUGGGGCCCUACGUCGAGGACCUGGCUAAGCUCGCCGUCAUGAGCUACGAUGAUAUUCAUGACCUCAUCGAUGAAGGCAACAAGGCGCGCACGGUGGCGGCGACGAACAUGAACGAGACGUCGUCGCGUGGAAACCUUGGUGGCAACAGCAAGACUGCCAUGGUGGCAGCCAUCUCCCCUGCUGAUAUUAACUAUGACGAGACGCUCUCUACACUCAGGUACGCGGACCGGGCAAAAGCUAUCCGCUGCAACGCCGUCGUCAACGAGGACGCCAACGCUAAGAUGAUCCGCGAGCUGAAGGAGGAGAUUCAGCGCCUGCGGGAGCUGCUCAAGCAGGAGGGCAUCGAGGUCGAGGAAGGCCCAGAAGGAAAAGUCAUCUAUCCUAACGAGAAUAACCGACCUGCUGAUUUGGGUCCUCAUAGCCAAGAGAUCUCAAAAUUAGCGGCGGGAGGCCUACGCACGACAGGUAACGGCAGCACCACGCAGAUCACAUCGCCCGUCAGCUCUGUCGCUGAGGUCGCCGUCGACCAGCUACAGGCCAACCAGAAACUCAUCGCUGAGCUGAACGAGACCUGGGAGGAGAAGCUAAAGCGCACGGAGUCUGUGAGGCUGCAGCGCGAGGCCGUGUUCGCUGAGAUGGGCGUCGCGCUCAAGGAAGAGNCGGAGUGCCUCCUGUACUACAUCAAGGAUGGCUGCACCAACGUAGGAUCCGCAGAGUUCAACCUCCCGCAGGAUAUCAAGCUCUAUGGCUCCCACAUCAUCGCUGAACAUUGCCGCUUUGAGAACCAAGAAGGGAACGUGACGUUGCACCCCAACAAGGGUGCGCUGUGUUACGUCAACGGCAGGGAGGUCACAGAACCGCUGCUGCUCAAGACCGGUUCUCGGGUCAUCCUGGGCAAGAACCACGUCUUCAGGUUCAACCACCCCGAGCAAGUGCGCGAGCGUCGGGGCGCCAAAAGUCCCGUGGAGACGCCUGGGUCUGGGGAGCCCGCCGACUGGCAGUUCGCGCAGAUCGAGCUGCUGGAGAAGCAAGGUAUCGACCUCAAGGAGGAGAUGCAGAAGCGCCUGGUCACGCUCGAGGAGCAGUACAUCAAGGAGAAGGAAGAGAUCGCCAAGCAGUUUGAUAAAGAAAGAAAGAACUACCAAGCUCGCAUCGACGCCCUGCAGAAGCAAGUAGAGGAACAGAGCAUGACCAUGUCCAUGUAUUCAUCAUACACGACUGAUGACUUCGCCAACAGAGAUGACGAUAUCUUCGUAAACCCUCUGUUUGACGCAGAGUGUCACUGGAGUGAGAGGGAAACUUCCCUCGCUUCAUGGGCUCUGCGCAAGUGGAAGAACCAUCAGUUCACUUCCCUCAGAGACGAUCUCUGGGGUAAUGCUAUUUUCCUUAAAGAAGCUAAUGCCAUUUCAGUCGAACUCAAGAAAAGGUGUGACGGCAGUAACAGCGUCACGCAUUACUGGACGCUGAAGAAACUGAGGCAGCGCUUGACGCUCAUGCGUGAAGUCUACGACUCCGGCUGUCUGUCGCCCACCGCUUCUAGCGUAUACAACAAUAACCUGAUUUCAUCGUUGUCACACGACAUCGUCUCCUCAAAAAACGCUAAAAACGCCCAAGCGCUAAACAACAACUCCUCUGUAUGGGCUUUCUUCACCACAAACGCACAAACUAUGACUUUGGAAGAACCCUGCGUCACGGAGCUGCCCAUGCCUCAUCAACCUGCUCCAGAUGUCUCCCAUGGGUUCACUGCUCGUCUUCGGAAUCAAAUACAAAGGCUGGAGCUGAUGCGCGACAUGUACAGCAACGACGCGCAGUUCUCGCCUUCGUCGCCAGACUGCAACAUCGACAGUCUCACGGGCGGUGACCCCUUCUACGACCGGUUCCCUUGGUUCAGGCGUGUCGGCUGNGGGUACGUGUACCUGAGUAACCUGCUGCUCCCUGUACCGCUGGUGCACCGCGUGGCGAUCGUCAACGAGCGCGGCGACGUGAAGGCCUACCUCAAGGUGGCCGUACAGGCCGUCGCUGCGGACGAGGAUUGCUCAGCGCCCCAGCAGAGCGGCGGCGUCCGCCAGUCCGCGCGCAUUAAGUUCAGCCCGCCGCCCCCCGCCCGCCCCCGCCCACACAAACCGGCGGCGGGGGGCGCCGCUCCCGACGACGAGCGCUACGUCGAGGGGCAGUCUGAUGGCGCCGACGCCGCCAAACUUGAAGAGUUGGGUGAGUCGGACUCAGGCCGAGGCGACAGUUGUCUGAGCAGCACAGCUGAGGAGGAAGAGCUUCCCCCUCACCUCAAGCUGGGGCAGGAGUUCACCUUCAGGGUGACGGUGAUGCAGGCCUACGACGUCGCUCCUGAGUACACCGACGUCUUCUGCCAGUUCAACUUCCGACACCGACACGACGAAGCUUUCUCCACGGAACCCAUCAGCAACACCUGCAAGGGGCCGCCGUUGGGCUUCUACUACGUGCAGAACAUUACCGUGACAGUGACGAAGGCGUUCAUCGAAUACCUGCGCACGCAGCCUGUCGUGUUCGAGAUGCUCGGCCACCACGACCCCCAGCAGCGCCUUAAGACCGAGCCUCCGCACCCCCGUGUAGCGCCCAAAAGGCUGCAGCCACCAGCCAUCCCCAUCAGCCAGCCAGUUCGCCGUGUAGCGCCGAAAAGGCUGCAGCCACCAGCCAUCCCCAUCAGCCAGCCAGUUCGGUCAGCCAGGUUCGGCACACUUCAGUGCCCGACGACCUCGCAGGUGCACGCCAGACAUGACCUCCUCGUCUGGUUCGAGAUUUGCGAGCUGGCCCCCAACGGCGAAUACCUGCCUGCGGCCGUGGACCACGGCACUGACCUGGCUUGUCGUGACCUGCACCUGCUGCAUCAGGGCAUCCAGCGCCGCAUACGCAUCACCAUCGUGCAUGAGAACACACACGACCUCGUGUGGCGCGACGUGCAGGAGCUUGUUAUUGGCCGCAUACGCAACACGCCUGAGAGCCACGAUGACGACAACAGCGACACCUCCGUGCACUCGCUGGGGAUCUUCCCUGGCGAGUACCUCGAGCUGCCAGGGGAGGACCGCACGCUCUUCAGGUUUGAAGCUGCCUGGGACUCUUCCCUGCACAACUCGCUGCUGCUGAACCGCGUCACGCCCAACGGGGAGACCAUCUACAUGACCGUGUCGGCUUACCUCCAGCUGGAGAACUGCGUGCAGCCCCUGACCAUCACGAAGGACCUGUGUCUCGUGCUGUACGGGCGAGACUCGCGCGCCAUGCCGCGGUCUCUGCGCUCGCUCUUCAGCGGCGCCUACAAGUAUGGGCCUGAGGCCAACCGCAUCACCGGCGUCUACGAGGCCUACCUCAAACGGGCCUCUGAGGCCGGCACGCAGCGGCGCCAGCGUCGAGUGCUAGACACGAGCAGCACGUACGUGCGAGGAGAGGAGAACCUGCACGGCUGGCGGCCGCGGGGAGACUCGCUUAUUUUCGAGCACCAGUGGGAGCUUGAGAAGAUCAAGCGCCUUGCGGACGUCGAAGCCACCCGACACAGGAUCCUGCUGGCGUCUAAGCUUGCUGCUGAUGCCCUGUACAAUAACAAACCUACACCUCCGCCUCCUGCCACCACCGUCGUCGCGCAUCAUCACGACUACACCAAAAGUGAAAAAGAAGUUGCGAAUCUCGCGGCUAAAGCCGCACAAAGUUCCCCGGUACGCAUGGCGAGUCUCACCAGUAACGGGUCCGUAGACUCCGAGAACCUGACGGAGGCGCAGAAGCAGCUCCUUAUGAAGUACGUGCGCCUCAUGCAAGGGCGCCCCGCCCAAGAGCCGCCCCUUGAGGCGCCCACCACGCCCUCUGAUGAGAAGGACACAGACUCGACGCAGAUGCCGGUGUCGGAGGCUCAGUGGAAGGGAUACCUUAACGUGCUCGACAACCGCACCAACACUUGGGUCAAGCGAUGGGUGCUGACGUGUGACUGCGNCUUCAGCGAGGCCUACAAGUAUGGGCCUGAGGCCAACCGCAUCACCGGCGUCUACGAGGCCUACCUCAAACGGGCCUCUGAGGCCGGCACGCAGCGGCGCCAGCGUCGUGUGCUGGACACGAGCAGCACGUACGUGCGAGGAGAGGAGAACCUGCACGGCUGGCGGCCGCGGGGAGACUCGCUUAUUUUCGAGCACCAGUGGGAGCUUGAGAAGAUCAAGCGCCUUGCGGACGUCGAAGCCACCCGACACAGGAUCCUGCUGGCGUCUAAGCUUGCUGCUGAUGCCCUGUACAAUAACAAACCUACACCUCCGCCUCCUGCCACCACCGUCGUCGCGCAUCAUCACGACUACACCAAAAGUGAAAAAGAAGUUGCGAAUCUCGCGGCUAAAGCCGCACAAAGUUCCCCGGUACGCAUGGCGAGUCUCACCAGUAACGGGUCCGUAGACUCCGAGAACCUGACGGAGGCGCAGAAGCAGCUCCUUAUGAAGUACGUGCGCCUCAUGCAAGGGCGCCCCGCCCAAGAGCCGCCCCUUGAGGCGCCCACCACGCCCUCUGAUGAGAAGGACACAGACUCGACGCAGAUGCCGGUGUCGGAGGCUCAGUGUGAGCCGAGCCUUGUCCCCGCUGUGGUUGAGCCGGACGAGCAGAUCCCACUAGGUGGUUCAGCGAGCCUGCAGCAGCACGAGCAGCAGCUGCAGCAGAAGUCUGCUCGUGAUUCUGCUCCUCCUUCACCCGACGACUCUCGCACCUCCUCGCCGCUCGUUGGCAUGCAAGGACCACAGUUUAUUUGCGAGGUGGAAGAAGUUCGCAUCUCGCCCGUGGUGUCCAGGAAAGGAUACCUCAACGUCCUCGACAACCGCACCAACUCUUGGGUUAAGCGCUGGGUGUGCCCAACUCGUUCAGGUGAGCACCAGGAGGUGAUGCUCAGAGUGCCCAACUCGUUCAGGGUGAUGACGAAGCAGCGAGGUUAUCUGCUGCAGACGCUCAGCGACCGCGACAUGCAGGACUGGCUGUAUGCCAUCAACCCGCUGCUGGCCGGACAAAUACGGUGA